UCUCCCUUGCUCUGCGCAGCUGCGUCACCUUCUGAAGCUUGGUGGUGGGGGAAGAAUAACCGCACAUUAUGAGUAGUUGGAGGAGCCUUCUGCUACGUAUUGGGGAAAAAUGCCCAGAAUAUGGUGGAAACGUCGAUUACAAAGAUCACAUUGACGCAUGCUCCGGUGUUGUUCGACGAGAGCUGGAUCACUAUAAAGAUGAUAUUUUAAGUUUCCUUCUUCAGUGUGCCGAACAUCUGCCUCACAAGAUUCCAUUUUAUGGGACAGUGCUUGGGUUGUUGAACUUGGAGAAUGAAAGUUUUGGCAAAGAUGUCCUGGAGUCUAUUCAAAAGAAUUUUCAGGAGGCUCUGUACGUUGAAGAUUGUAAUAAGAUUCGUAUUUUGUUGCGGUUCCUUACUGUCUUGACGUGCAGCAAAGUCCUUCAACCAAGUUCUUUAGUGGUUGUCUAUGAAACCUUGCUGUCAUCUGCAGCAACAACUGUAGACGAGGAGAAAGGAAAUCCAUCUUGGCAAGCACGUGCUGAUUUUUACAUAGCUUGUAUUCUCUCCUGCCUACCUUGGGGAGGAGCUGAAUUAGUUGAGCAACUUCCUGAGGAGAUCGAAAGGGUUAUGGUCGGAAUAGAAGCCUAUUUAAGAAUAAGAAAACACAUAUCUGAUAUUGGUUUCUCUGUUUUUGAGGAUUUUAUCGGUAUUGACAAAGUGACUGAUCAGGAUUUUCUACAAGAUUUAUGGGUUAGAAUUGAAGAACUUUCUAGCCAUGGAUGGAAACUUGACAGUGUUCCCAGGCCUCAUCUUGCAUUUGAGGCUCAGUUAGUUGCUGGGAAAUCUCAUGAUAUUGGUCCCAUCAGCUGUCCUGAGGUACCAGACUCACCUGAAGUACCAUCUCUUAUUAUCUUUGGCAAGCAAAAGCAUGAAGCUGAGUUGAAGUAUCCUCGAAAGAUAAGGCGACUCAACAUCUUCCCCGCUGAUAGAAUCGAGGAUGUACAACCUAUAGAUCGGUGUGUUGUGGAAGAAUACUUACUGGAUGUCUUAUUCUACCUAAAUGGAUGUCGCAAGGAAUGUGCUUCAUACAUUGUUGGUUUGCCAGUACCAUUCAGAUAUGAGCAUCUUAUUGCCGAAACUAUAUUCUCUCAGCUACUCUUGUUACCCAAUCCCCCAUUCAAGCCAUUGUAUUACACAUUGGUUAUUAUGGACCUCUGUAAGGCUCUGCCAGGUGCCUUUCCAGCAGUUGUUGCAGGAGCUGUACGUGUUUUGUUUGAUAAGAUAGCUGAGUUAGACAUGGAAUGCAGAACACGGCUCAUACUUUGGUUCUCACAUCAUUUAUCAAACUUCCAAUUCAUUUGGCCAUGGGAAGAAUGGGCUUUUGUCCUGGAGCUUCCGAAAUGGGCACCACAACGUGUUUUUGUUCAGGAAGUUCUUGAAAGAGAAAUUCGUUUGUCAUACUGGGAAAAAGUUAAGCAGAGCAUUGAGAAUGCCCCUGCAUUAGAGGAGCUGCUUCCACCAAAGGGUGGUCCAAACUUCAAAUACACUGCAGAAGAUACUGAAAAUAGUACUGAACAUGCGCUUAGUGUGGCACUUAGAGGCUUGGUGAAAGAGAGGAAAACUGUUCGUGAGAUGAUUGCAUGGAUUGAAGAAAGUUUAAUUCCUGUUCAUGGUUUUGAAAUAACAUUGAGAGUAAUUGUGCAGACUCUUCUGGAUAUGGGAUCAAAGAGCUUUACUCAUUUGAUCACUGUUCUGGAGAGGUAUGGCCAAGCCAUUGAAAGGAUUUGUACAGAUGAGGAUAAACAGGUCAUGCUAAUAAAUGAAGUCAGCUCUUAUUGGAAAAACAGUUCUCAGAUGACAGCUGUAGCCAUUGAUAGAAUGAUGGGUUAUCGUCUGAUCUCCAAUCUAGCCAUUGUGAGAUGGAUAUUUUCUUCUGUAAAUGUUGGGCUGUUUCACAUCUCUGAUCAUCCAUGGGAGAUACUCCUGAAUGCUGUUAAUAAGACAUACAACCGCAUUCUUGAUCUGAGAAAAGAGAUUGCAAACCUUAAAAAGAGUGUUGUAUCUGCUUCAAUGGUUGCAACAAAGGCUAAAGCUGACUUGGAGGCUGCCGAGUCAAAGAUUACCUUAGUAGAUGGUAAACCUGUUCUUGGAGAAAACCCUGGAAGAAUGAAGCGCCUGAGAGCUAGUGCUUUAAAAGAAACAGAGCACGAGGUAUCUCUCAGUGAAUCAUUAGCGUCAAAGGAGGUUCUUCUUUCACAAGCCUUUUCUGAAAACGAGGCACUAUUCCUCAACUUAUACAGAAGUUUCUCAACUGUUUUGAUGGGACGCUUGAACGGGGCAUUUCAAGGCAGCACAAUGCGGCUAUCAAGUCAGGCAGAUGAAAUGGCUGUUGACCUUGAAGGUUCAUCGGCAAUGGAAUUGGACACGGAGAAUAAUGAGAAUGGGAAACCUAAUAAAAGCCAUCCGAAUGGAGAAAAACAUGGAAGUUCUUAUGACUUAGGCGAGAAUGAGCAAUGGUGCUUAUCCACUUUGGGGUAUUUGAAGGCAAUUACAAGGCAAUUUGCUUCCGAGAUAUGGAAUUAUGUUGACAAGCUAGAUGCAGAAGUGCUAACUGAAGAUAUUCAUCCUCUUUUCCGGAAAGCUGUCUAUUCUGGUCUAGGUCGUCCGAUCAUUGAAGUUAAUAAGAUAUAAUUCGUAAAAUCUUUAUGUCUUUCUUUCUGAUUCAUGGUGGUGAUAGAAAUUGGUUGCAACAACAGUUCAUGUAGACGUUUAGUUUUUUUUUUUAGUUUUUUUUCAGUUUUUUUUUUCUACCAUGCGAGAUCACUAUAGAUUUUGACAUUUAGAAUUAUUUGAUUUCAGUUGCAUACAUUGCCUUUAAACUGUGAUUGUCCACUCUGCCUCUAUGGUGUUUAUCUAAACACAAUUUGAAGACAAUGACAGAGAGCUUGAGCACUGCCUCUCUUAAGAGUUAUUAUUAUUUUUUGAAUGAUUCAAUUGUAUUA